GGGCCGUGUUCAGUAACGCAGAAUUCUUGCUAAGUCUAGUUAUGCUGCGAUGUUGAACUCGUUUCUAACUACUGCUUGACUCCUCCCACCUAUAGAAUUCUUGGUAGUUAAGAAUUCUUGCUAGUUCAGUCAGCGUCUUUUAUCUACGCUAACUUCUGCUAGCGACGUUAUUGCUUUUGUCUCGUACGAUUUACAAGAUGGCUGCUCGUGUUGGUCAAAACAUAUUUUAUUAUAACAAUCAUAAAAUUGUUAUAACAAUGAGUGAACAAGAGGCUAACAGUUUUAAUGAUAUGUGUUCUUCAGAUGCAAAUUUUCUUUCUGCAUACAUGCAGAAUUGUAUAGAUAAUAAUAAAGAAAAUAAAGAAAUAGGUUCAAAUCAUGAAAAUCUUAGUUCCAACCAACUUUCUGAUAAUAUAGGAUUAAGUGAAAGAAAUGAAAUAAUUCCUAAAGAUGAGGCAAACUCGAAAGAAAAAUUUGUAUGGACACAUGCCUGUAUAUUACUACUAAUUGAAACGUAUAGAGAAAAAAUGUUAGAUUUCCAGAAACCAAGAAAAAAAAAAAAAAUAGAAGUUUGGAAAGAUAUAUCAAACAUUAUUUUAAAAAAAGGUUUCCAUGUGUCAUGGACAAACAUCCAAAAAAAGUGGAGUAACCUAGGUGUAACCUAUAAAAAAAUUAUGGAUAACAAUAAUUCAACAGGAAGAGGUCGAAUAUCUUGGCCAUACUUUUACCUUUUAAAUGAUGUAUUGGGAAAUACAGGAACAGUAGUACCGGUUUCAGAACUUAUAAAUUCUUCUGAUAAUAAAAAACAAAACAAUGAAAAUGAAACAGAAGAAAACAAGACAAUUUCUGAAAUUAGUUCAUCAAACAACAAAACAGAAGAAAAAAUAAAGAAAAAAGGAAAGAUGCCAGAAUGGGCUAAAGAAAUCUUGAACAAUCAAAGGAAAAAAGCAAAAACUGAUGCAGAGCAUCAGGAUCGCAUGGCAAAAGUCUUGCAAGAGAAUAUUAACGAAAACAGGAAAAGAACUGACAUAUUAACAAAACUAGUUAAUAUAUUAGAAGAAAAAUUAAAAUAAAUAAAAUGUUUUUGCUUGGAAACAAAUAAAA